AUGACACAGCCGACUCCGCUGGAUAUCGUCCAAAGCAUCAUCGAUGUUUGGUUCAACGAGUACAAAGUGACAUCACCGAAUUACACCGAUUCAUAUCCCAUGAACUACAAAGGUCCACAGAUUGGCCACUUUACGGUGUUCGUCAACGACAAGGUGACCCAAAUUGGGUGCUGCUUUGCUCGCUACGAGGUGGAUCCGGAUGAUCUGCCUUUCAUACCUAGCAACGUAAAAGAGGGAGUACCCUGCCAAAACUAUUACUUUGUGUGCAACUACUCGUACACCAACUAUUACAAGGAGGCAUCCUAUAUCAAAAGUGAUAAGCCAGCCACAAAGUGCGAAUCCACAUCCACCUAUACGGGAUUGUGUGGCGUUGCAGACCAAUCAAGUGUUAAAGAAUAAA